AUGCAGCAUUAUCGCCCCGACCCAUCAAUAUCCUCGGCCGCGUCUCGCGAUGCAGAGACUGCGACCCAUGCGAGCCAGAAGCCAAGCACAGCACCUACGAGCACAUUACCUCCUCAACUGCCAGUGAUGUCUUUCUCGACACAUGAUGGCCCCGAUCGACAGCGCGUACCCAACUCGACCACACUUCCCGCACUUGCCAGCAGAGACAACCGUCGCAACCGGGCUCUGCCAAGCAGCGCAACAUGGACUUCCUCUGCCGCAGACCUAGCUUUGUUCCCAGACACCGAUGUGGUCGAGAGCCGCGAGUUUUUUGUUCAAGAGUACAAUCGUCUGGCCAAAAAGCAUGGAAUCCGAGCUCUUGUUGUCGGGGAUUUUGAAGGACGACCAACGACACCUGCGGCCAUGUCAGAAAAGCGGAGGUGGUGGUCGCGAAUGUUUCGUUCACCUUCAUCUGGACAGCCGUCCAUUUCUCGACGACCAUCCAGGUCGAUCAAGCACAGGCGAAGUAUCAGCGACCUCGCUCUAAAUAUGGUUGCGCAUAGAAGACCGGAACGCAGAAUCGUUGAUCUUCAGACGAUGGUUAGGCUCAGCGGCAAGAACUUCCUCUACUUGCCAGAGCCGUAUGCCCCUAGCUCUCUCAUGUUGCCGACUUGCUUCAGGGCAACGGCUCAAUAUCUGGUCCAGUAUGGACCGGAAACGCGCGGAAUCUUCCGUAUUCCAGGGUCAAUCCGUGGAAUCAAUGCAAUCUUCGACUACUACUGCGACGAGAAGGCUGGUGAAGAAGUUACCAAUACGAUUCGCUGCGCGUCUCUCCCGACCCAUAUCAACGUCGGAAUACACGACAUAGCGUCAGCCUUCAAGAAGUUCCUCUCCGUUCUCCCUGGCGGUAUCCUCGGUACACUCUCGCUUUUCGAUGCAUUGGUGGCCAUACAAUGCCAGCUUCGGGGUGAGCCCGAGCUAAGCAGAACGAAAGAGACAAAGCUUCGAGCCCGCCUCAUCGCGCUAGCAAUCGGUACCGUCAAAUCGCAAUUCCAGCGAGAACUGAUAUGCGCCGUGUUUGGUCUGCUCUCUGUCAUUGGCCGUGCUGGGGAGACGGCAGCCCGCGAAGACGAGCGGGGUCAUCCUCUUCCCACGUCUGAUCUCAUGGGAUAUACUGCAUUAGGCAUCGUCUUCGGACCCCUGCUUGUUGGUGAUCUUCUAGAUUCCUAUACCAUGAAACUGGCGACCCCGUCUGCUGGUCUUCUACUUUUCCCCCUCACGCCGCCGCAGUUGAAAAGAGAACGACAGCGCACAGCGAAACCACAAGACGAACCGCCACUUCCAGCGAUAAACAAGGUCCAUGUCGCGAACGAAACUGCGGAGAUGCUCAUCACCAAUUGGAGGGAGGUCGUCAAGAACAUGAGGGAUCUAAGAAUACUUAUUAGGAUCGAUCAAGGAGUGGACAAAAAGGCCCGUCACAAAUCCCAUUGGUCUUCCAGCUCCGAUCCGUUUACAGUUGGACUACCCAGAGGAUGGAAAAGCAAAUCAGCCACGCCGGGAGGCACGAUUGAUCGGGAUGGAUCUCCGACUCCAGACUCUCCCACACCAACUUGCAGUAGGUCAGCCUGCUCUCUAGGUCAAAUUUGGACUAACGAUAUAACACGAAUAGGGACACUGGCACGUUCAGCGAUACCCGACGGUCCGACGCACAAACUUGACGUCCAAAAGGUCCGGCCCCAAGUGCCUCUUUCUCCGUCCUCGAACCGACUGCCGCCUCAACACUCACUCCACUCGUUGUCGCCCACUGCAGAAGAAUUCACAGCGAAUAAUCAUGGUGUCAAGAGAAUUGGAAGCAAGCAAAGCAACGUCAAGAUAGGAUCUUGUAAGACCAGUUCCAUGAGGACCAGAGGUACAAAGGCGGAGCGAGCCUCUGGGGAAACAAGUCUGGCAGCAGCCUCUACAUCAUCGAUCACGGGCGGUCUGCCAGAGGGGAACCGCUGCGAAAUCUCUCAUCCUACAUCUGGCAGUACUCCCGAUGCACAAUCACCGACGAGAGUUGGACGCCACGGCAAGCACCCGAACCAUAAUACUCGGGUACAUGACGUGCUCAUCCCGGAGAGAACUUCGUCUAGAUCGACAGGCCACCGGUCAAGCGAGCCGUUAAAUACCAUGAACAUCAAGGAAGCCAGCGAAACUGGCCAUGGGCAAAAGACCCGUCAGCCUGAGAGAUCCUUGGAGCAGAUGUCGGAGGAAAACGGAGGAAAAGACGCUGGAUUUGUCUCUACGGCUUUACAUCGACUUGUUGGAACUGAUCGAAGCGGUGGCUCGUCCGGCAGCUCAACACCAAGAACGCCCAAGAGAAAACACAUCGUACCUGUUAACAUGAGUCCUCGAACCAUCAUCAGAUUGAGUGGAAGUGAUUCUUUAACUCCAACAGCAAGGAGCUUGUGUGGAUCCGACGUGGCUCAGGAAAAUUCAAAACCCAACGUCCCAGUGCAGAAGGCUGUGGUUGCGAACGCAGGGACCCAAACGGGUGGUUUUCAGAAAGUGGCAGGUUGGAAAUGUUUAUCAGACAGCGACGUCCGUCGGCCUAGAAAGUCGGAUGUCGAACGCGAGCGACCUAACCCUCGAACCCCGCGGUAUAGCGACGAGACUGACAUGGAGUUCGAUAACAACAGCUCCAUUCAAAUCACUCCGAAGGAAUACUGCGCUGAAAUGACAGUCCCUCAGAGGUCUCGAAAUACUGGCGCAAACUCGGCUAAGGCGUUAUAG